UCCAAUCAGAAGGCGGGCCUUGAAGGUAUAAAUACCUGGGUGCCAGGCUCACCGUGACGCAGUUGAGCGUUGUGAGCCCAUCUCUCAAAGAUGAGUUCUCCAGAGAUCUCCUCACUCUCCUGGGGAACGAUGAAAGUUGGAGCUCAGGUUUACAAAGACUGUAAAGUCUGGCCAGGAGGAAGUAGAACAUGGGAUUGGAGAGAAACCGGAACAAAUCACCACCCUGGUGUACAACCAGCUGACCUUGAAGAAGUGGUAAAAAAAGGUGUGAAGACUCUUGUUAUUGGCCGGGGCAUGACCGAGUCAUUGCAGGUCCCAGCUGCUACUCUCGCCUACAUCAAAGCACAAGGGAUCGAUGCCGUCGUUCUCCAGACAGAGAAGGCAGUGACGGAAUAUAAUAGUCUAGCAUCGAAAGGUGCUAACGUUGGAGGCGUCUUCCAUUCUACCUGUUAAUUCUUUGCUGAGGGGCUUUUUUUUGUGUGUACCACCUCCACAUAUGUCACUAGCUUUGAUAGAUCGUAUUACAGCUGCUCUGCCAGUGAUGCUCUUACUAACAAGAUGCGUUUGUGUAAUGUCUGCCCAAAUCUAUACAAGCCUUAUCAAAGCUUUGUCAGGGAUUUUUCCACUUUAUAUUAAUGUUUUUAUUUCACUGUCAACCGAAUUUGUUUACUCUUAUUGGAAAAUGUCUCAAACAUUUAAUAUAUCAACUGUACACAGGAGUUGACUUUUUAUAAUUGUACUGGUUGCAUUCAACUUACACUUCAAACUUUUUACUUACCACUGCAACGUAGGAAAUACUAGAAUGUACUUUUAUUUUAUUUCUAUACUUGUGAUUUAGUCUGUGCACUUUACCAUGCAAACCAUCUAUUACUAUGAACGAUCUAACACUUCUACAGUAAGAAAACAUGAAUUCAGAACCCCAAUGAAUCCUACAUAUAAUUAGUUCAUGGAUUUAAAACUAUAUGCUUUUAGGGAUGGGGGAUUAUAUUAAUUAAACAAAACUGCUUAUUCCGAAAUGCCUACCUUCACAUGGGCAGCUCUGCAACUUCUAAUUUUAAUAUAUCGCAAAAAUGCAUGAAAGCCAUUAUAAUAAAACUAAAUAGGCCAUAACCUAAACACGGAAUCUGCAGUGGGUCCUCCAAACUCACUAUCUCAUACUUUUAUUUUGUUUUCUUCAAUUAUUUUUACAGAAAUUUCUUGUGCUGUGGCACACUUGAGGGCAGUGAGACGAUAUGUCUAGAAGUACAGGUGUGAGGUGAAUUAUGCCACUCAAAGCUGUAAUUGUCCAGUUCUUUAAUGCAUUGUAUUCAUAAUGUAUUAAAAUAUGCAAAACUAA